AUGUCCUCUGUGAAGAAUGCACCCCCCAAGUUGGGCUCCAAGGCCGGAACCCCCGCCAAAGCUCACAAAGCCUCUGGCUCCAGCGCAUCCAGCAAGCCCAGCACCUCCUCCGGAACUACUAAGCCCUUGAAGAAGACAACCACACCCCGGAAGCUCUCCCAGAAAGCCCCAAAACCACUUGACGACGACAUCGAAGAGCAAUCUAUCCCCGAGACACCCUCACCGAAGUCAAAGAAGCGCACCGAACAGCGUCGACCCAUCUCCCCACCCGACGACGACUCUCAUGCGCCUUCCGCCUCUGGCUCCGCAGCCCCACUCGGCCGCACCACCUCCGGGUUAAGCGGCAAGGCUAAGAGCGUCGCCAGCAAGACCAAGGAGACAGGCCAGCAAAGUACUGAGACUGUCCAAGAUGACGCGAAAAAUGCCACCGAUAACCUGCCAGUGCCGUUCAACCUUUCCGCAUUGAAGGGCCUUGAGGUCGCCGAGGGCGGAGAUAUCCUCGGAAAGGACGGAAACCCCAUUGGCAAGGUUGUCGAGGGGGAUGCGGAGGAUCUUGUCGGACAGACUGUUGGCGAUGACGGCGAGAUUGUCGAUGAGGAGGGCGAUUUAAUUGGUCGCGUUGAUAUCCUCCACGAGGUCGCCGAUCAGGCUAAGCAUGCCGCUGAAGACGCACAGGAGGCCGGAGAGGUUGAUCCGGGCAACGUUGUUACGGAUCUUGCUCAGCUUGAAGGGCUCCCUGUUUCUGAUGGCGGUGUUAUCAAGAACGCUGCUGGUCAGAUCGUUGGCCGUAUUGUUGAGGGUGACCCAGAAGAUCUUAUUGGUUAUACCCUCAAUGAUGAUGGCGAGAUCGUCGAUGAAGAUGGCGAUGCCAUUGGUCGUGUCGAUCUAAUUCCUGUCGAGGAGCAGAAGAAGGCCAUUGAAGGUGCUGCUGGCGAUGCCGCUUCUAAGGCUGGUGGCGCCAAGGACGACCUUGAGGAUCAAUACGAGGAUGCUCAGGAUGGUCUCUCUGCCACCCAAGCCAAGAGCACUAUUGAUGGUGCGGCUGAUGAGGUCGAGGACGAUGUUUCCGAUGUCGAAGGAACUGCCGACAAGGCUAAGUCUACUGCUGAAGAUGUUGCCUCCGACGCUGCGUCCGACACCGAAGAUGCUACCGAUACCAUCAACGGUACUGUUGACGAUGCUAAGUCCACCGCAGAAGACGGCAAGAGCAAGAUUGACCUCGAAAACAAUGUCGAAGGCGCCAAAUCUACUUCUGAGGAUGCCGCAUCCGACGCUGUUGACGAUGCCGAAGACGCCGCUGAAGGCGUGGAAGGUGCUCUUGACGAUGCCAAAAACACUGCCGAAGACACCGCCGAAGAAGCCAAGGACACCACCGAAGAUGCACCUGAAGAUGCCGAUGAGGCCGCCGAUAUCGAGGCACGUACCCCGGACAUCAAGACCCUUGACGGCAUGGUCUGCAACAAGCGCGGCUACAUCAUCGACCAAGCCACCGGCAAGCCCGUCGGUGAACUCACCGAAGGUGACCCAAAGAAACUGGCCAAGCUCGGCGUAACCCUUGACGACAAGGGUCAGUUCUGGGACAACCGCGGCAAUGUGAUUGGCCAAGCCAAGGCACUCCCAGUCGAGGAGGACGAACACGAAGAAGGCCCCUUCUCCGGACUUGAGGGUCUUGUCGUUAACGAAGACGGCUUUGUCGAGGACGAAAACUCCAACCGCGUUGGUCGCCUGAUUGAGGGCGACGCGAAGAAACUGAGCGGCCGUGGCGUUGACGAGGACGGUGACAUCCUCGACCGUAAUGGUAACGUCAUUGGACGCGCUGAGCGUCUCGAACCCGAAGAGGAAGAGCCCGAGGUGGAGGAAGAGGCUGGUCCUGAUUUCUCUGCUGUCAAUGGCCUCACUUGCAACAAAGCUGGUUAUGUCAUCGGACCCGAUGGAUACCCCAUUGCCCGUGUUGUCGAGGGUAACCCUAAGGAGCUUGCUGGUAAGAAGAUCGAGGACGGCGAGAUCUACGACGGAAAGAAGGUCGUUGGCCGUGUUGAGCUUAUCCCUGAGGAUGAGCUCGAGAGCAAGCCCGAGGGGCCAUUCGCUGGCAUGGAGGGCCUCUUUGUGAGUAAGGAUGGAUUCGUCGAGGACGAUGCAGGAUCCAUUGUUGGUCAGCUUGUUGAAGGUGACGCCAAGAAGCUUCGUGGUCGUGCUGUCGACGAGGAUGGCGAGAUCACCGACAAGCACGGCAGUGUCAUUGGGCGGGCCGAGCGUCUCGAACCCGAGGAAGAGGCUGGUCCUGAUUUCUCCGCUGUCAAUGGCCUCACUUGCAACAAAGCUGGCUAUGUCAUCGGGCCCGAUGGAUACCCCAUUGCCCGUGUUGUCGAGGGUAACCCUAAGGAGCUUGCUGGUAAGAAGAUCGAGGACGGCGAGAUCUACGAUGGAAAGAAGGUCGUUGGCCGUGUUGAGCUUAUCCCUGAGGAUGAGCUCGAGAGCAAGCCCGAGGGGCCAUUCGCUGGCAUGGAGAGCCUAUUUGUGACCAAGGAUGGAUUCGUCGAGGAUGAUGAAGGAUCCAUUGUUGGUAAGCUUGUUGAAGGUGAUGCCAAGAAGCUUCGUGGUCGUGCUGUCGACGAGGAUGGCGAGAUCACCGACAAGUACGGCAAUAUCAAGGGUCGUGCUGAGCCUUACGAGCCUCCCCAUGAGGAGCCCGUCGAGGAGGACCUCUCUAUCCUCGAGGGCAAGGUUGUGAACAAGGCCGGCAACGUUGUUGACCCUGCCACUGGUGCUGUCGUCGGACGCAUUGUCGAAGGCGAUAAGCGUCUUGCCGGAUGCAAAGUCGACGGCAAGGGCCAGAUCUGGGGUGACAGCGGCAAGGUCGUUGGACGCGCCGAGCUCAUUCCCGGCGCCGAGCAACACAAGGCUGAAGGACCAUUCUUCGGCUUCGACAACGCUAUCGUCGGGAAGGACGGAGUCGUUCUUGACGGCGAGAAGAUCAUUGGACGUCUGAUCGAAGGCGAUGCCAAGCGCCUUCUCGGUCGCAAGGUCGACGAAGAUGGUGAUGUUUCCGACAAGAACGGCAACACUAUUGGCAAGGCCGAGCGCUGGGAGCCCGAGGAGAAGAAGCGUGAUAUCAACCCCAUGUCUGGCCGCAAGGUCAACAAGGAGGGCGAAGUUCGCGAUGCGGACGGCGAACUCAUUGGAAAGCUUACUUCCGGCAACCUCGCCACCCUAGUCGGCAAGGCCAUCGACGACAACGGCUACGUUGUUGACAACGAUGGCAACAAGAUCGGCGAAUGCACCUUGCUCGAGAACAUCCCCGAGCCCGAGCCUGAGGUUGAGGUUGAAGAGCCCGCAGAGGAAGAGGAGGGUCCCACGCCCGAAGAGCUGGAGGCUGCGGCUAAGGCCGAGUCUGAUCGCCAGCUCGCGCAGAAGAUGAUCUCCAUCCUCAGCCAGACUCUUGACAAUGUCAAGCCUAUUUGCAAGCAGAUCACCGAUGCCUGCGACAAGGCCGACCGUACCCCCAAGGACGAGCUUGACGAGGAGAAACUUGUUCAAACUGUCAAGCCGCUCCUUGAAGAGGGUGGUCGCAUUCUGCAAGAGUGCAAUGGUGCCAUUCGUGGACUUGAUCCCGAUGGACGCAUUGCUGCCACAGCCAAGGCCCGCGCUGCUGCCCGCGAUGCUACUCCCGAGGAAUACCAGCUUGCCGAUAUGAUCAAGGAGCUCACCGAGACGGUCGUCAAGUGCAUUGACAACGGCAAGAGACGCAUCGCUGACAUGCCUCACGCCAAGAAGAAGCUGAACCCCCUCUGGGGAUUGCUCUCUGAGCCCCUGUUCCAGAUCAUUGCUGCCGUUGGCUUGUUGCUUACUGGUGUGCUAGGACUGGUUGGUCGUCUCCUUGAUGGUCUUGGUCUUGGUGGAUUAUUGAGUGGUCUGCUUGGCAGUCUUGGUUUGGACAAGUUGAUUAACGGACUUGGUCUGGGCGGUUUGACCGAUGCUCUUGGCCUGGGUGGAAAGAAGUGA